UGCCCCCCUCCGCAGCACCUCUCGAAUCGACCCCCAGAUUCAUCCCUCCCACCUCUGAUCGAUCCCCUGCCAGCGCCCCACCACCACCACACACACACACGGCCCCCCUGGAGCUCCCCUUCGCAGCCAUGGAGUCCCAAUGCGACUACUUCAUGUACUUUCCGGCGGUGCCCUUCCCGGGCCGGGAGGUGCUGCUGGGGGAGCCGGGCCGGUACCGGGCCCUCCCGCGGAGGAACCACCUUUACCUAGGCGAGACGGUCCGCUUCCUGCUGGUGCUGCGCUGCCGCUCCGGAGGUGCAGGGGGGUCCCGUCCCCCAUGGGGAGAGCUGGCGGGCUCCCUCUCCGCCCUGGCCAGCGUCAGCCCUGGGGGCAGCCCAGCCGGGGACGAUGAGGGGGCGGCGCCCCUGGGGGCGGACACAGAGGAAGACCUGGGAGAAAGGGAGGCCUCUACCGCAGGCGGCGGGAGCCUCUUCCGGGACUGCCGGGCCCUGCUGACCCAUGGACACGGACCUCCAGCGAGACCUGCCGCAGGGGUGCCCAUCGAAGAGCCCAUCGUCUCCACCGACGAGGUGAUCUUCCCCCUCACCAUUUCCUUGGACAAAUUGCCCCCCAGCACCCUUAAAGCCAAGAUUGUGGUGACAGUGUGGAAGCGAGAUCAAGAGAAAGCAGAGGUGCGGGAACGGGGCUACCUUAGCAUCCUGCAGGAUCGAGCCCCUUCCCAGACCUUCCGGGAGGAGCAGGGGGCCUUCAAGGCACAAGUGAGCACCAUACUGACCGUGCUGCCUCCGCCGGAGCUGAAGUGCCAGCAGCUCAACGUCUCAGGGAAAUACUUGACGGUACUGAAAGUUUUGAAUGCAGCCUCCCAGGAGGAGCUGUCCGUGUGGGACGUGCGGAUCCUUCCCAAUUUUAAUGCCAGUUAUCUUCCCAUGAUGCCUGAUGGGUCCGUCUUGCUAGUUGACGAUGUCUGCCACCAGUCAGGCGAAGUAUCCAUGGCCUCAUUCUGCCGUGUUUCCUCUGCAACCUCGACUUGCCCGUGCUCCCUCCGUGCUCUCGAGGAGCAGAACUUUCUCUUCCAGUUGCAGGCGCCGGAGCAGCCCCCUGACAGCACCAAGGAGGGCCUGGAGGUUCCUCUCAUCGCAGUGGUGCAGUGGUCGACCCACAAGCUGCCCUUCACCACCAGCAUCUACACACAUUACAGGCUGCCAAGCAUCCGCCUGGCCCGUCCCCGGUUUGUGAUGACAGCAGAGUGCGAGUCGCCCGUGGCCCUGCACCGCCGCUUCACCGUCACCUACACCCUCAUCAACAACCUGCAGGACUUCCUGGCUGUGCGCUUGGUGUGGACGCCUGAAAGUGCUGCUGCUGGCAAGAAGCUGUCCUCUGAGGAGCGGCGUGCCAUUCAGGCCACCCAGGAUGCCAUUGUCUGCCACACACCCCUGAACAACCUGGGGUUCUCCCGCAAGGGCAGCGCCCGCACGUUCCGUGUCACAUUCCAGGCUCUGCGCGCCGGCUUGUAUGAGCUCUCUCAGCACAUGAAGCUGAAGUUGCAGUUCACGGCGAGCGUCUCCAACCCACCCCCAGAGGCCCGGCCCAUCUCUCGCAAGAGCAGCCCCAGCAGCCCUGCCGUCCGAGAGUUGGUGGAGCGGCACCAGGCCAGCCUAGGCCGAUCCCAGAGCUUCUCCCAUCAGCAGCCGGCACGGGGGCACCUCAUGAGGUCAGGUAGCGUUAUGGAGCGCCGGGCCAUCACUCCCCCUGUGGGCUCUCCGGUGGGCCGCCCCCUUUACCUGCCCCCUGACAAAGCAGCUCUUUCCCUUGACAAAAUUGCCAAACGGGAGUGCAAAGUGCUGGUGAUUGCCCCUGUCACGUGACCGGGAGGAAAUCUCACCCCCUUUCCCCAUCCCCACAAUGGAGGUGCUGCGCAUCCUCCCGGGAAAGGGAAGUAUCCCUUCCCCUGGCAUUAUUUCCACCCCUCAUGGAAUGCCCCUUUGCUGCUGACCCCAUCACCCCUCCAGGCCACCAUGCGCUCCAAACAGGGUCACUCUUCUGCUGCACACAAGGGCACUACUGAACCUGGCAGGGGGCCUGCCCCCUCCCUUCCCUUACAAGAGGGGCUCAACGCUGUGCCCCCAGCAGUGCCAUCCUCCACUUCCACUGCAGCCCCUGUGCCUGUCUGUCCCUCCCUCCCUCCCUCUUUCCUUUGGGUUUGGAACAGAAAGGAAGAAGCUCCUUGCCCCCCCCUUUAGCAGCGGGAAGGGGGUGGGUCUCCCCCUCUUUGCUCCCCCCCUCCCCAUUGUCUCAAGGCACAAAGAGCAACUUCUGCUGCUGCUACAGCUUGGAGGCUUUGAAUGCUGGACUACUGUGCUGCCCCCUGCUGGAAGAGAAGCACCUUCACUGCCGCUGGAGGUCCUGGGCGGAUUUCACUUCACACUGGAUUGUGCCACUUCGUAUGACUGGGAAGGGAAUUGGAUUCCUGCCCCCCGGGCUGGGCACACAGCCGCCCCGCUGGAAGCUGUGCCAUCAAUGCAGGGGUGAGCAGGGCAAGUCUCUGGCCGGCCACUUCGCUAACCCACCCCAGUUGCACUUUAUCUACUUUUUGUUAUUUAUAUUUUUUUAUUUGCCUCCAACAAGCUCCAACUGUUUGUGUGAAUGUAUGUUUGUGAAUAAACUGUGCUGGCUGGAACA